AUGCACUGGAUCUGCUUCUCGGCCAUGCUAAUGUUGUGCGGAGUUAGUUGCCAAUAUUCUCAAUUCUUUGAACAUUACCAUCACACAGCAUCAGUGUUUGCUGAGCUGAGCCCUACAGAGAUGCGAGCAGUGAGUUCCUUCCUUCUAGCUCAGAAAAACCUCAAUCUGUCAGCUGCAACAUCUCAUACACUUCACAAAAAUUAUAUCUUCCUCAUUGAGCUUCAAAUUCCCAAGAAACAACACAUUCUCAAUUUCCUCAAUGGUAUUGGCUGUGCUCCUCGACGCAAUGCUAAGGCCAUCAUCUUCUUUGGUGCGGGACCAAAGCCCAAUGUGACAGAAUACAUUGUAGGGCCACUGCCAAUACCCAAGUAUUUUCAUCCUGCGAGAUUGAGGAGUAAACAGCCCAUAAAGUUUACCUCGCGACCAACAACUUAUGUAGAGAUUGCACUCAUUCACGAGAAACUGCAAGAGGUCACCAAGACUGCGACCCUAUUCUUGAAGGAAACCAGUGGAUUCUGGUACCACAAUUGCACUGACCGCUGUCUGACCUUCACCGAUGUUGCACCAAGGGGUCUGAGGUCAGGAGAUAGGAAGUCGUGGUUUAUACUGCAGCAAGGCAAGGAAGGCUUUUUCAUCCAUCCAAUUGGCCUCGAGAUCCUCUUGAACCAUAAAUCUGUGGACCCACGGCAUUGGGCUGUGGAGAAGGUUUGGUACAAUGGGCAGUACUUUGACAGUAUGGAAGAGCUGGUGAGGAAAUACAACAUGGGCCUUGUGAAUAUCUUCAAGCUGCCUGAACAUCCGAGUGAGGAUGUCUUCUCCACCUACAUCCCCAGAGGCCACUUCAAAACUCGCACCGACAUCCCUGGGCCUAAACAAUAUGAGGGUCAGGGGAAGAGGUACAAGGUGAAGGGGAAUUCGGUCCUGUACGCAGGCUGGAGCUUUGCCUAUAGAAUGCGAACAUCUACUGGGCUCCAACUUUUCAAUGUUAGGUUCAAUGAUGAGCCAAUUGCCUUUGAGAUUAGUGUUCAGGAAGCGCUUGCCUUCUAUUCUGGUCACAGCCCAGCAGGAAUGCAAACUAAAUACAUCGAUACUGCUUGGGGGAUGGGCACCUUUGAUUAUGAACUGGCAAAGGGGAUUGAUUGCCCAGAGAUUGCCACCUACAAAGAUGCCUAUCAUUUCAGGGACACAGACCAGCCAGUCCGCUACAAGAAUGCUUUGUGUAUAUUUGAACAUUCCACCGCCGUCCCUCUGAGGAGACAUUUUAGCAGCAACUUCCAAGGCAGCUUCAAAUUCUAUGGAGGUCUCGAGAACCAUGUGCUUGUGAUCAGGACCAUAUCCACUGUCUAUAACUAUGACUAUAUCUGGGACUUUAUCUUCCACCAGAAUGGGGUGAUCGAGGUUAAGGUCCAUGCCACUGGUUACAUCCAUUCUACCUUCUUCACCCCUGAGGGGGAGAACUAUGGAACUAAAGUUUAUGACUAUGUCCUGGGCAAUCUCCACACACACCUCAUCCAUUAUAAAGUGGACCUGGAUGUGGCAGGAACAGAGAACAGUUUUGAAACAAUUGGACUGAAGUUCGAAAACAUCAGUAACCCCUGGAGCCCAGGAGAUUACGUUGUGCAGUCGAAACUGGAGAGGGUGCAAAGAGUUCGAGAGCGAGCAGCUGCUUUCCCCUUCACAAAACCCUCACCCCGAUACCUGCUCUUUUAUAACCCCCAGAAGAAGAACAAGUGGCAGAGUCACAGAGCCUAUCGCAUCCAGUUCAACUCCCAGGCUGAUCGUCUGCUGCCUCGUGAUUGGAAGGAGGAGAAGGCCAUCACUUGGAGCAGGUACCGGUUGGCAGUGACUCGUUUCCGAGAGAGGGAGGAGUGCAGCAGCGAUAUGUUUCUUCAGAAUGACCCAUGGGAUCCAAACGUUCGUUUCGAGAACUUUAUCCAAAACAAUGAAAAUAUCACCAAUCAGGACCUGGUUGCCUGGGUAACAGUUGGUUUCUUACACAUUCCACAUUCUGAAGAUGUGCCGAAUACGAGUACUCCCGGAAAUGCCGUUGGAUUUUUCCUCCGUCCAUUCAAUUUCUUUCAGGAAGAUCCUUCAGUGUCCUCGCGAAGUGUGGUGAUAGUGAGGCCAGAGGGUAAAUCCUUCUCCAGUGUGAAGAUCCAGACAUGGCAAAAUGCCACUGGAGACUACUGCCUGAAACAAACCCCCUUCAGAUAUAACGGCACCUAUUUACCGGACUAA